AUGUCUGAUGAGAAUGACAAGGUGUCUAAGGCAAAGGAUUUUAUGCCUGCAGAGUCUGAGGCUGGGCAGCCUGAGGCUGAGGAAUCUGACUCUGGGGAAUCCGAGGUCUGGCAGUCUGAGGCUGGGUCAUUUGACACAGAGUCCUCUUCCACUGGGGAGUCGGAGGCUAGCGAAUCUGAGGCUGGCGAAUCUGAGGCUGGCGAAUCUGAGGCCGGGGAGCCCGAGUCUGCGAGGUUCGAGGCUGAGGAAAAAGUUCCUGCAGCAGAAGACCAUGAUGAUGUCCGAAUUCCAGUCUCCCUCGCAGUGUUUCCGGAGACUCCUCAGGCCGAAGGCAACGCAUCUAAACCACCACCACCAUCCCCCCAGGACCAGGAGGUGGAGAAUGUUAAAACCUCCCCAAGCUCAAAGGAAUCAAGCAAUGGAAAACUGUCGUCAGAUGAGUCCAAAUCAUCUACCGAAUCAUCUACCCAAGACUCUGAUUCCCUGUACCCAAGAGAAUCUGAUACCUCAGUACUGUCCCUUAUGUUUUUGGAGAAAAUACAGGCUACAAAGGAAUCUUUGCAAGCAUCACUGGAAAAUGCGCUAGCAACAGUAAAAGCUGUACUUAUUCCCAGUGGUCAAGAAAUUAUAAGGCCUUUUAGAGUGGAUUCCAAUUUAUCAGGCCUGAAGAAUUAUUUUUCAAAACUAUUAAAUAUUCCACCAGAGGUACUACAGAUGAGAUAUGCUGGAAAGAUUCUUAGAAGUGAUGAAACUUUACUACAACAUGGAGUUAAGCCACAGGAUGUUAUUCACCUGGAAAUAUUUUCUGCUCGACCAAAUAUGUUUCCAGUCAGAACAAUAUAUGGAUUAGAUCAAAUUUCUAAAUUUAUAACGGUCAGAAUACAAACUGGUGUUUUUGAAUACCAGGAUGUAGCUGUUGAAAUAAAAAAAUCUAAUUUUCACAAACCAUUUCUUGGUGGAUUCAGACAUAAGUUAACAGGCCAAGAAUAUCAUAAUGCUGGAACACAAACUGUACCUAAAAAGAUUCCUGAAAAACCCAACAUAUUUUCUAGAGAUACCCAGACAGUUAAACAGAAAAAAAAGCUCAUACAAACUACCUGUUCAGCAUCUACACAGAUGACUAAAAUUGGUGUGUAUGUAUCAAAUAUGAGUGAUAAACUAAUAACACCAGGAAAAUAUUUUUCAGCAGAAGAAUAUCAUGCUAGAAGAUUAAAUGCGGUAAUAGUAAUACAAACUAACUACAGACGAUGGCAUGCAAAAAGAGUGGUAGAGGAAUUAAAAAGACAAAAACGGAUAAGACUGGAAUGGGAAGCUAAGCAAAAACAAGCCAAGAAAAGAGAAAAAGAAAAAGCGAUUAAACUGGACUAUGACCGGCGACAUAAUCCCCAAACAAAGGAGGAUUUUGAGCUUCUUUAUAAUGCACUAGAAUCCUGGCGGGAAGAAGAAAUUUCAUGCAUUAACCAAUCUUUAACUGGAGCUGAAAGAAAAACUGCUUUGUGUGAACUUCUGGAAAAAGAGACCCAGAUAAUUGCUUCCAUUGAAAGGCAUAGACGCAUUGCUGUGAUGAAGAGAGAGGAAAUAGCACUACAAGAUUUUCUAAAUAAGUGUGAAGCUCCAAAGACACAAAGAGCAGCUGAUGGAAAAAUAGUUGAGAUAGAUACACAAUUCACCAUCAGAACCAAAGAGCUGCACAGCAUCUAUAAUUCCAUUAUACUGAAAAAUUUGUCUCAAGAUGAGAGGCUGGAUGUUCUCUUAACACUUAAGCAUACUGUGAAGGAACACGAAUGUAAACUGACUCGAGAAAUCUUAGAAUUGAUUGACAGAGAGGUUGACCUUAUGAUGCGAGGAGUCAAACACUGUAACCUUGAAGGACUCAGAAAAAGAAUUGCAACACUCUUUAUUCAAUACAUUAAAACACCCUUGUUUAAUCCUGAAGUUGCAAGACACCUUAAGGUCCCACAGGAUCCACUGGACUUUUAUAAGAAGAUUUAUUUUUGCUACAGUUGUCACCUCUAUUUGCCUUCCACAGACUUUUAUAUAUCUUCCACCUCACGUCACAUAAAUCGGUGUCGUAAAUGCAUUAACCUUGAAAAUGAGAGUCUACAACGAGAAUCAUUUUUAAAGUACAAAUGUUUACUUAAACGGCUCUUCUAUUCAGAAGUCAGUUAUGAUGAUGAUUCUAAAAUUGCUUUUCUGAUGGAGCUACAGGAUAUUCAGUACCUGAUUGAGAACAUCUGGUCAUCACAGUCAAUUCUCAGUUCCUGUACUGAUCUCAAUAAGCUAGUCAUGGUCAGAUGGGACAAGUCCGUAGAGUGGUCUCCCUGGAAUUGCAUUCUUCUCACCAAAGAUGAAAGCAUUGCUCAUCUCAAGCUAAAAAGUAUCGAAGAGGGAUAUAAACCUUUGUUUAUUCACAAGAUCAAACACAAACAUAUCCUGGCUAUAAACUAUUUUUCUCAAGUUCCAGCCCUGGCUUCAUUUAUACUUAAGGAUGAAGAAGUAAAAGAUAUUAGAAAAAAAUACAAGAACGAUUCAAAACCUACUAUUUUAAAAGCCAGAAAACAUACUCGUACUUAGACGAUCUGCAAGUAUUUGCUUCAAGAUCACCAUUUUUGUCACCACCAGUACAGUAGUCAUACCGUGGUCAUAUACAGUGGAAUUAGAAUGUUAUCUUUUUCUGAUUGGUUUUUGUUUUUCACUGUAUUAUAAUACAUGAAGAGAGAACAUCUGUGUAUAAAUAUUUUAUUGUUAAA